AGAACCUUCCAAUCUCCUCUGGGCCAUACCAGGAGGAGCCAGCAGGAGUCAUGGAGGACCAGCCACCCUCAUCACAUGCUUCCAAAGAGACAAAUGAAGUACCCUUUGAACUGCAUCCCCGAGCAGAUGCCAUCCGCUCCAAGCUGAUCUACACUUUCUAUCUGAUUGACUAUCUACGGGGGCUAGGCAGUGCUAUUCCACGCCAUAACAUACGAGAUUUCCUGGACCAUCAGAAGCUAAAGAAGCUAAUGCUCACAGACCAUCACCAGCUGGUGCGCUUCAAUGUUGUGCCCAAACGGAAUGUCAUGAUCACGCGAGAAACACGCUGCCGUAACCGUAUCCGCGUGCGCUGCAGCCGCUGGCCCCCUGUCGCCAUUUGGGCUUAUUCAGUCUUGAACAGCCAAAUCUUCAAAGUCUUCAUGAUCUUCCUCAUCUGCCUGAACAUGGUGGUCCUCAUGAUCUUAGUAGAGAUAAGGGAUAAGUUGGAGGACCACUUUGUGAAAAUGAAGAUAGCAAUGGAGGUGAUCAUCUGGGUCAUUGUCCUCAUCUUUUUGGUGGAAAUUGGGCUGAACUGGGCUGUUAGCUUUCAGGAUUAUUUUAAGAACUCCUGGAAUGUCUUUGACUGCACAGUCACCAUCAUAUCCUUUAUCCCUGAGUUGAUACUCCUUGUUGAAAAGAAACACAGCAAGGCCGUCACAUACAUCCUCCAGGUUUGCCGCGUGAUGCGAUGCUUAAAGCUCUUCCCUAGACUCCGGCAAAUCCGGAUCCUCAUUAUGGCCCUCUUCAAAGCAAUGAAAGCCAUGAGCUUCAUCCUGGUGCUCCUCGUCUUCUUCUUCUAUAUUUUUGCCGUAUCAGGCAUUUUCUUCUUUGAUGGCUACACUCGCUCAAACCUGGAUGACCUAGAGUACAACAAGUAUUUUCAAGACAUGCCCAAUUCACUGGUGACCAUCUUCAUUCUCUUCACCAUGGACCAUUGGUAUGCUCUGCUGCAGGACACGUGGAAGGUCCCAGAGAUAAACAAAGCAAUCAGUGGCUUGUUCAUCUGCUUGUGGCUCCUCAUUGGGGCAUUCAUCUUCAGAAACCUCAUGGUGGCCACCAUGGUCACCAAUUUCCAGACCAUUCGGAAUGAAUUGAGUGAAGAAAUGAAGCAGAUUGAGACUCAGCAGAAAGCUGACAAAUUUAAGCUGGAACUGCUGGAAAAGAAGUACAGCUCACCCCAGGGGCAGGACAAAAUGAGCAUGGGGCCAUCCACAAUAUACAGCAUACCAGAAGUCGAGGCUGGGCCUCUGGAUUGGGAAACAUAUGUCCACAAGAACCUGCCAGGGCUAUACGAGGCUGAUAAUGACGAGCAGGUCAUUUGGCCCCGUGACGCCCUCUUCCGCUACUUUGAGCUGCUGGAGAAGCUGCAGUAUAACCUGGAUGAGCGCAAACAAUUGCAGAAUUAUGCCGUCUUGGCUCUGUCCAACCUGGAGGACAAGUAGUGAUGGCUUCUGAAGGAUCAAGAAGAUGCAAGUGUGGACUCAUCCUUGCUUACUGAGCCAGCACAACCAAAACCUGUGGCAAACCAACAGUUUACCUCUCACAUUGUCCUCCUUACCAGUCUGUGGUUCUCCAGCUGUUGCUAGACUCCAAGUCCCAUCAUCCUUGACUCUUGCCCAUGUUGGCUGGGACACAUGGGAUCUGCAAUUUAGCGACAUCUGGAUGGACACAGUUCCCUGCCCCUGAUUUAUGUGGCUAUACAUUAUUAGACUAGAACUGCAAGGAAAGAUCACAAAACCACCCGGUCUGCAGGUUUUGGACACUUUUUGAUGUCUCUAGGGUUUCAUAGCAUUGGUGAGCAAGGCACACCAGGGUGCACCCUCAAAUGCCACAUUUUCCUGUGGGCCAGACAGACAUCUGUUCUGCACAUAUGUAAUAUUUGAUCUACAAGAAUAAAAUCUCCCAUACCCCAGAAAGUUGGCAUAAGACACAACAAUGGACCAAAGAGCCAACUUUUUAUUAAUUAACCACAAGUGUCUUGCAAUAAGCUAGGAGUGACCUGCUUGAACGCUGGGGAUAUCCUUCCCUAGGGGAGGCAAUGGAAUGAACACCUCUGUUUCCUGUUGAGGAAACCUCACUCUGGCUUCUGGAACAGAGGAUUGACUGGUCCAUGCCCUUCCUUUUCCACUCACCAAACGGUGAGCUGGGAAGCGCUAGUUUGCUCCAUUUCUUACCUGUUCUAUUCCUGUCAGAUGGGUGAAGCUUCUAGGAACCAAAAGUCAUUUCCUUCUUCAUCCACUUGAGCUGGCCGUUGAUGUCUGGUAGGUGACACGGUGUCCCUUCAGCAUCUCAGUGAACCACAACCCCAUUUCCUUUUCUCUCCUUGACCACACUCCCUACCUGUUGUGGCAAAACCAAGGAGUUCAUCAAGCAAUUGAAACCCACCAUACUGAGCUCAAAGAGUAUGCUGUAGCUGAAGCAAUGGUACACAUCUGACCAGUAUGGGAGAUACCACAAAUUCCUAAUGAGCACCCUGACUGACAAAUCUAUCCUCCUGGAAAACUGAAGAGCAGUCUUAUUGAAAUGUUGCAAAUAACUCCUUUAUUCUGAGAACACAUAGCCGCAUACACAAUUUUAUUGCAAGCUGAGAGAAUCAGUUACAUCAGUAGUAGAAGGAUGUUUGCGGUUAACUAAUUAAAGAAAUGUUUCCAGCUUUAAAAUGA